AUGUGCGCUACUAGAUCCCCCGCUACCUUAUGGGUGCUAGGUAUGUAAGAUAAGUCGAAUUAUUGACGUGUUUGCUACCAGGUAUAUGUUUAGUGGCAUUUGUAUUGACAAAAAAUUUCUUAUAUAUUUAUUUCAUUUCACGCUAGGUUCCGGAAAUUAAUUUGCUGCUAGAGACGGGCCCCGACUUGGGCUGGCAAAAUAAAGUAUAUAGGAGGGAUCUAAAAGGAGAUGAAAUGGGACUUUCCAUGGGCUGGGUAAAGAGUUAUCAAUCUUCGAUGAUUGUAGGUAUCAACAUGUGUAUAAAAUUUGAAGAUGGGGGGGGCUUGGUUAAGGACUGGGCGCCUAGAACUGGUCGCAUAUGGGGAAUAAAAGACGAUGAAGGAAAAUAAAGGGCCGAGCAUGGAAUUUUGUGGGAAGCGGGGGGUGGAGAAAGGAAGAAAUAAACACAAAACUGAUGUGAGCUAGUCACAAAAUAGUCCGCGCAGAAGAAGGGAGUGGAGGUGCGCGACAUGUGGCACAAGGCGAACUGGACGCAGGUCAGGUUGAACUCGGGCAGCAUCAAACUGCCGCGCGAGGACUGGCUGCUCAAACACGACUGUGAAAGGUUCAUGCCGAGCAUGUACAGGAGGGCGCUCGCGGAACUUGGUGGCGGGGAUAAGAUUCCGAUUACCAGCCUUGCGGCGAGUCGCGAGAGCGAUGAGUUCCUGGUGGAGAUGCCGCCUACGCCCGUCGGGACUCCCAAACGCGAGGUUGAUGAUCCAAUGAACGGGCACCGGUAG